CUGCGAAGGCUGCACACGCCGAAGAGACGGUCGGGAGCGGAAAAACGACGCAUCUUGAAGCGAUUUUAAAAGCAUACACCCACCAUAAAUGGGUCUAUCACCUCAUCAGAAGUCACUUUCGUCGAUCCCGUUACCGCUACCGAUUGUUUUGGAUGGAUUAUAUUAUUUACAUCUCACCGAGAAGCCUUACAACGCCCAGUCAGCAGCGGCAGCCAUAGCUCGGUCAUUGACGCUGGAGAAUACUGUAAUCUGCCCAUGCAAUGGCCGUCUUUAGUCAUCAGGUGCUCUUUGCAGUCACAAGAUCAAGGGGUUCAUAUUUAUUAUCCAAGCGGCACAGCUGCUCCUCUCUGUCUUCCAAAGCCUAUCUCCACAUAGACGCUCCCCGUCACGUCUCGUCCUUGCUCACACUCAGGCACUCCCGUUACGGUUACCCCCACUGUUACAGAGGCCACGCUCUCAGCCGUGGCCAUAACUCCGCCCUGCUCGCCCGCUCGCUACAUAGCUCAGGUGUUUGGCUCCAAGACAUAAAGCAAGAGGACUCUAAGGCCUCAUCAGCCGCUGCCCAGGAUGCUACUCCGGGGGCAAAAAAGGACUCUGUGGCUGCUGCACCCCAGUCCCAACCUCUAUCAACUUCCACUCCGACGUCCACUGCCACCACAGCGGCUGCCGUCCCUCCGGUGCAGGAGAGGGCAGUCUUGAAAAAGUCUCUGUAUCAGAGGAUUGUUGAUGAGUUGAAGCAUUACUACAAUGGCUUCCGGUUACUUGGCAUUGACAUCAACAUUGCAGGCAGGAUGGUGUGGAGACUGCUGCAUGGACAACUGCUCACACGCAGGGAGAGGAGAAGGCUGAUGAGGACCUGCGCUGACCUGUUCCGUCUGGUGCCCUUCAUGGUGUUCAUCAUCGUUCCUUUCAUGGAGUUCCUUCUUCCAGUCUUCCUCAAACUCUUCCCAGAGAUGUUGCCCUCCACCUUCGAGACAGAGUCCAAAAAGGAGGAGAAGCAGAAGAAGGGUCUGGCAGCUAAGCUAGAACUGGCCAAGUUCCUCCAAGAGACCAUCGCUGAGAUGGCUCGAAGGAACAAAGCAAAAGCUCAGACAGAAGAUGAGACGCAGCGCUUUUCCACAUAUGUUCAGAAGGUUCGAGGCACAGGUGAACAGCCCACAACGAAGGACAUCGUCCGGUUUUCAAAGCUAUUUGAGGACGAGCUGACGCUGGAGCACCUGGAGCGCCCCCAGCUGGUGGCUCUAUGUAAACUGUUGGAGCUUCAGCCCAUCGGCACAAACAACUUGCUACGUUUUCAGCUGAUGAUGCAACUCAGAACCAUCAAGUCAGACGAUGAGAUGAUUGCAGCAGAGGGUGUAGCAGCUAUGAGUGUGUCAGAGCUACAGGCAGCGUGUCGUAGUCGAGGCAUGAGGUCUCUGGGUCUCACCACCGACCAGCUACGGCUGCAGCUGCAGCAGUGGCUGGACCUGCACCUGAAGGAGAACGUUCCUCCAUCACUGCUGCUGCUCUCCAGAGCCAUGUAUCUGACUGACCUCAAACCAAAACCCCCAGUCAUCCCACCCGUUCCCAAACUAGAGAAAGCUGCUCCUCCUCCAGUGGAGAAUACAGAAGCAAACCCGACCUCAGCCAGUACUGACAUGCUGUCGGACCCUGCUCUCAUCAUCAAAGACAGACCGGUGGAGGAGAUGAGAGACAAAGCUCCUGUGGUGUCAAACAAACCUCUGACUCCUGCUGAAGUCCUUCAGGCUAAGGCAGCAACAGAGGUGUCCCAGAAGAGCAAGAUGAGUGCCAACGGUGUGUGAAGAAGAGCAGGAUGGAUUUACACAGCCCUGUGUCCUCGGAAAGGUCUGCUGUCUGCUCUGCAUCGUCUCAGCAGCUGCUUCUUCAUACCGUUGACCUUCUGCUUUCACAUUUUUGCACUCCAUUCUCUGUAACUCUCUGUCAGAGCUUGACAGACCAGCCUGAAAUUUCACUGGACUUGCAGACCACAAAUAGUAUGAUUUCUUUGACCUAAUGUCCUGGAAAUGAAGCCCAAACCGCCCAUGGCAUAUCCUAGUCUAAACAGUCUUCUCCUCCUCCUGUAAAUUUGUAAAUAUCCUGUAUAUUUUUGUCUCCGUUAGCAGUUUUAUUUUGUUUUAUUUGGAUACCUUUUUGCUCAUGUUCAGGAUAAGAGAGGAGUCAUCAAUUUUUCAGAAAUAGUUUGUUGAACUUUUUUGGUUCAGUUGUUGUCCUGCCUUCAUCUUUGCUCAGUAAACAGGACCAAGCUGAUGUGCUGAGGCAGACACCAAAAGAUGGCACAUCCUGAACCUGCGUUCAAUAAAUUGCAAAAGGUUCUGUCUUUGUCAUAAUCUCGUUUUGUCAGAUGGUGGAACCGCAGAUUUGGACUGGCCCUGCCUCUGAACAGGGUGGACGCCGCGUAGUUGCUUGCUGCUUUAAUUAGCAAACGAAGACUGGUAUAUUAUUAAGAGAGAGAGAGGUCCCUCCUUAAACCCAGCGGUGACCCAGUGCUGCCUGUCUCCACUGGUAAACCACCGAAUGAACAAUCUGUAAAUAAAACUGCAGAUUUUAUUUGCAUAUACAGUGUAUGUAUUGUGUUUUAACACUAUGAUGCUAUGACCUCUUUAAACUGAAAAGAGAAAAUACUUGAUUUUUUUCCAUAAAGAUAUAUUAUUAACAUGGGGAAGAAGCUCCAAUCCCAAAGCCACAAGUGAGAUUAAUGUUAUUUUUGGUAUUGUGGCGCUAAGAGAAGUAAAUAUAUAGCAUUACGACUGAUUUGCUUAACUAUCGUACCUUAUUAAAAUCUCAGAAAUGAAUUAUCCUAAAAGCUGAUAUUGGUCGUUCACCACAUAAAUGUCUACUGUAUAUACAGUUUUGUGCGUGUUUAGCAAUGCUAAAGAUUUUCUAACCCUCCCACCCACCGUAACUGACUUCAUUCCAGCUGAAUGAAAGUUUUUUUGUCUCCACACCAUUUUUCGUCAUUGAUAUGGGCACCUCCCAGAGGUGGAUUCUAUAAAUAAAAGGUUAUUUUUUAAGCAAAGAGGUUGCUAAUGAAGAUUUAUAUAAUUGGUUUUACAUAUGUGCCUAUGGUUGAAGGGCGAUUGUGUUUGCAUUUUUCAUCAGAGAAGUGAUUUUCUAUGUUAUACCAUUGUCCUUUUUUUGUAUUUAGCUUUGCACAUUCACCUCAGUAUGUUUGAAGUGCCCAAUUGCCCCUUUCACCGGUGGAAUGUCUCCUUUUUCCUUCCCUAAUUUGAUCCAAGUAUCAAUGAAUCCUUUCCUUGUAAUUACCAGUGCUGUAACUGAUGAAAAAGCAAUCACCUUUUCAAUCAGCACUGGACUCAAAAGGAAUUAAUUGCUAAAACAAUAAACACUUUGAAAGGGGUUCUGCUAGAAAACCCCCCAUCAUUCUGAGUAGAUGUGAACUGAUUUAUGCAACAUGUAUGUCAGUUGGUGCUUUUUAAGAACAUUGUCCUCUGAUGAGAAAGAUGUCAUGUUGAUGUGUUGCUCAUUAGACUUGUUGAGUUGAUCUGCUGCAAGGUUUUCUGACUUGGUGCACUUGAUGACUGGUGUCGACAUGAUUAAAGGAUUGCACAGCUAUGAAGUAAUGGGAAUGACUGGACUGGUUUCAUGUCACUGCUGUGCCUCUGAGACUCACCAGCCUGAAAGAUGUUGUGAAUUUCUCUCCCCAGCGGUUGAACACGAUACAUUUUUCUGCGUCCACAGAUAUUCUUGUCCUGAAUAACCUUCCUUCUGUCACCUCUUCAGUGUUUGUUUCCUUUUCAUUCAUCAGCAUUACAGUGUGUGUGAGUGCUGUACCUGUCUAGAGGCUAUUAUUACCCGCUGCUGUCACGAAUGGUUUAGUACAUCAAUGCCACCAAGAUGUGUCCUGUUUUCAGAUUCAGAUCUUACCCUGCAUUAAACGUAUGCAUCACUUUACCAUGGCAAAUGAGUGUUGAGGAGUGAUGAAAAAAAUAAUUCACAUGAUUAAAGUCAUGAAACCCUU